AUGGUUUGUGGUGCUGACCGCUUUUAUAACAACAUCACAGAUAUGAUUGGUUACCGCCCGUUACCAUUUAUGAAGUACUGCUGGUGUUACAUCACUCCCCUCGUCUGUUUUGGGACCUUCAUCUUCUCGAUUAUUAGAUAUUCUCCACUGAAGUUCAGUAACAGCUAUGUUUACCCGCUGUGGGCUAACAUCUUGGGUUGGUUCCUUGCCACCAUCUCCUUGUCUGUCAUCCCGCUCUUUGUGUUGUUCAAAGUAAUUCAAGGAAAGGGCACUCUCCAACAGCGUCUCCUACAUCUCUGCCAGCCAGUGGAUGACUUGCAUCAUGCAUAUCCUUCUCCUGAUAGCAACGGCACUGCUUCCCACUCAGAACUCAAACCUCUAACUCCGACCUGUGAAGUCGCUCACUUAACACAUACAAAUGGCACCACAUAGAGGUGCAAUGUUCACAGUUCAAAUACAUCAAAUUUCCAAGAGGAAUGCUUUGAUGUGACAA